CCCCGGAAACGCGCCGCUCGCGUCGGCAGCGCGCCACAGCUUCCAGGAAGCGGAACGAAUGAAGUUUAUUUUUCACAGCUGCUGAUGGCGGAUGCUGUCGAAACAGACUCCAUGAAGAAUUAUAACAUCGCGUUUGAGAGGAUAGACCCGAGCGCGAGCCGCUACCCCUACUGUAUCGUAUGGACGCCGAUCCCCGUGCUGUCGUGGCUGUUUCCAUUUAUUGGGCAUAUGGGCAUCUGCACCUCCUCUGGAGUGAUCCGGGACUUUGCUGGGCCGUACUUUGUCUCAGAGGACAACAUGGCUUUUGGAAGACCAACAAAGUAUUGGAUGUUGGAUGCAAGUAAAGUGUACAUCAGUGGAUCUAACGCCUGGGACACGGCCGUUCACAAUGCCUGCGAAGAGUAUAAACAGAGAAUGCACAACCUAUGUUGUGACAAUUGUCACUCGCACGUUGCCAUGGCUCUGAACUUGAUGCGCUAUGACAACAGCACAUCAUGGAAUAUGGUGAACCUCUGUCUGCUCGCUCUCAUUCAUGGCAAACACGUCAGGUGAGGACAUCUUAAGAGUUGGCUGUGUGGGAUUUCUAAAGACGUGGCUGCCGUUCUUCAUUUUGAUCAGUGUCAUUCUGGCUGUGGCCCUAUCUCUAAACCUGCGAUGACCUAGCAGGGUCAGGUAGAGGUGGAGUGGUUGGCUGGGUACAAAGCCCAGCGCUCUGCAAAAGACCCACUUUUCCAGCUUAAAGUGGGACUCCAAUGAAUAUCAACUGGGCCAGAGGUGGUGCCUACAACCCGGUUCAACUCUUCAAAACAUAGAGGAGCAUAACUUUGAAAUCUAAUGCUAGGCCUCUUUGUCAUAGGGUAGAGAAAGCGAAUACGCCAUGGCUUCAGUGUCUUGUGGUGAUGUACAAAAUGCUAUUCUCUAAAAAGUCUUCCAAAGGCAUACUUUGGUGUCACUCUUGAAAGUUAUGGUGCUCAUUUAUUGUUUGGUUACAUUUUGAUCUCUAAACUAUAAUUGCUAUUUAGAACAAAUAAUUUGAAAUAACAUUUUAAAUUUGAAAUGUCAAAUAUUAAUAAUAUCAUAUUUAAAACACUGGACUAAACAUUUCUCAUUAUUAUGUUCUCUUUCUGAGAACACAGUAUAGCAUAGAGAAAAUGCUUUGAAAUACAUUGGAAAUUGAUCUCUUUUAAAAUAUCCAUGAAUAUGAACCCUCUCAAUAUGAACUUAAAUUAAAACGGGAUACUUCCAUAAUUGUCUUGAUGGCAAUUCUUAACAUUGCGGCUUUACAACAAUUUGAAUGGCUUUUACUUAUAAUUCUUUACAGUACUAGAUUGGCAUGAUUUCAGGUGUUAUUUGUUCUAUUUUGUAACAAAUAUAAUUAUGUUUGAAGGUUAGCACUCGAAAACUUACUGUUAAUUACCAAGCAAGGUCUUGUUUGCAUUGUAUAUGUAAGAAUCAUCCUUUGCAACAAAAUGCCUGGUUAGCUAUUAUUAUAUUACAUAGAUCACUUUUCAUGUCAAAGUGAAAUUCACAACCUAUUUGUUUACUUCUGUAAUGUGAUGCUGAAAAGUAGCCCAUUCGAUUUUAUUCACCAGGGACUGAAUGCAUCAUGACAAUUGUGCAAUACCAGAAUAGAGCUAGACCAGAAUCUGAGGGCUUAGGUGGUCCUGCUGAAUAUGUCAACAAGUCAUUACAUUUAAAUGAAUGCGUUUUUUUCACAUGCAAUUAUGAAUCAUGAAUAAUUAGACCAAAAGUAUAUUUUAAAGUAAAAAUGAUUCAUGUUUAUUUUAUGUUGAACUCCUAGUUGUUAAAAUGCGUUUGUAGUCUAAAAGCUAGCCAAAUACAGAAACUAUUGUUUAAACUGUUAAAAAUGUUUAGUGUUUACCGAUUUUGUUUCGACAGGAAAUAUCAAAUGAAAUGCUGUCAUAAUAACUGUUGGUUUUUAUUAAUUGUAUGAUGUAAAUGUGUGUUCCAUAAGGUCAAGGGUUUGUGUAAUAUUUAUGAAGAGACAGCGGGUACACAAAAGGCAAAAAACUGUUUAAAUUUAUACUAGUUACUGAAAUCUACAACAUAGCUCCACUUCUCUGCCAAAUACUGUUAAAGAUCGCUUCUCAGUAUCAAUUAUCUUUUCAUUUAUUCUCAAACACCAGUCAAAGCAUGCUCUAAACCUAUACCAUGAUUCUGACACAAACUCUGUUACCAUGGCUCCUGUGUCUGAAUCAGAUCCCUCCAUUGUUAAACACUCAAACAGAAAAAUCACUGGGCCCAGUGCUUUACACAUUUUUCUUUUUUCACACUCUCUCCCUCUUUGGAAGUAUUGCCAAGACCAGCAGGUAGCCAAGUAUCUUAAGCUCUUUGGAGACGCUCACUAAACAACUUCAGAUGGGCUGGUGUGUGUGAUGAGUGUGGCCCCUGCUGGUACCGGCUAGAGCUAAUCAGACUAGAGAGACGCUGUGAAAAAUCUUUGGAUUUCGCUAACAUUCUUACCUACUGGUUUCCUGUCUUCAAAGACAUGAAGUGGUGGAUCAGAAGCAACUGUUUUGGUGUUUUCAUUGCAUCCCAAAGUCUUUAAAAACGGACAACUUUUCGCAGGUUUAUAUAUUGUAAAAUAUUAAUUAAUUAAUUGAUGGAAUUUUUCUGGUAUGAUCUAUACAAAGAAACCGCUGUUUCAAAACUAUACCAGUUCCAGGAGCUAGCUAGACCAAAUUUUGGUAUGUUGAUGAACUCAUAUUACUCUUUAGAUGUAAUUUACCUCCAGCCAGUUGUUACAAAGAAAAUCCCAAAAGCGUGAUUAUUUUGAUUCCUAUAAGGUAUUUUGUUGCCAUGAGAAAAGAGACCAAGUUAUGUAUUAAAAUAAUACUACCAGUCAAUAUGAUUUGCAAUAACUGUUUUUUAAUAAACAAAAAAGUUAGUCAUGCCAGGCUGUAAUAAAUUGAUUAUCAGAUUAUAGCAAAGUUAUGACACCAUUGUUAAGAGUUUAACUGGUGGAUGUACAGUAGUUGAGGAGGGAGGAUAAAACCUUGGAGACAAGACACUGCAAAACCCCUAUUUUAAGGCAUUAAAAUGUUUUGUAGUUUAGUGAGGGAAAUGAUUUUUGUAUUAGAAUGCAUAUUAGAAUCCACUUUUAUUAGUAAACUUCUCGUUUCUGCUCUAUGCCAAUCUUCACCUUUUUGGUGUGUUAACAAUAAACUUACAAUGGUUAUAUGCUGUAAUCAAGCUCAUCGUGUUAACGUCACACAAUUGCAAACAAACUGUCAUAGUUUUUUUAUUAUUCCAGUUCCAUUAUUAUAGAUUCUUGUUCAUAAACUAGUGCAUUCUCUCUUAUUUUGGCUUGUUAGCACCUCUGUAAACUUAAAGGCAUGUAUGUGUUUAUUAAGAAAGUCUGAUCCUGCUGGUUGGUAUUUAACAGUUGGCAUUGUUAGUUCUUUUUUUCUUUCUAGAUAGAUCUUGAUAAUAAUCAAACAUAUCUUGAUAGCAAAGUUUUAAAACUAUCUUAAUGGUGUAUUUUGUCUUCUAAAGGACUGACACCAGCUUGAAUAGAUGCAGUGUUUGCUCUCUUUUACAAAUGGCUGUUGAGUGUUGGAUAAACAAGACUUUGAUGGAGCAGAAUGUUUUUCAUGUUCAACCAUUUCUUAAAAUAUUGUUAGAGCACAUUUAACACUAGAGGAACAGAGUGGUGAAAAUGACUUUUUACUUGUUAACCCUGACUUCCAUAGACCUUCCAUGCAAAUAACUGCAAUAUAAGAGACUAAAUGCAUCAUCUGUCUUGAAGCAAUUUUUUUUACAUCUGUUUAAAUUAUGAGUAUUUACCCAUCCACUUUAUUUUAAGUUUCCUUCUUUUUACCUUAAGAAGACCGAUUAAUAAAAACUCCACUAUGCAUACACUAGCUAACGGCAAAAUUCAGCCAUCAAAUAUCAAUGGAAACAAAAUCACUGUAUAUGCAUUUGUGUAUUAAUCAAUUACCAGACUAAAUCUGCCAGUAACAACAUCGUUUAUGAA